GGGGCGGGGGGAGCCGGGCAGGGCCCCCCGCGCCCGGCGAGGUCCCCCCGGGGGUUCCUGACAGCGCGGGCGGCGAGCGGGGCCGGGCCGGGCCCGGGGGCCGCAGGGGAUGCUCUGCCCGGCCCCCCGGGGGCUGGUCCUGCGCUGCCCGGCCGCUGUUUGGCUCGGGCUUUGUGUCUCCUCCGCGUCUUCCUUUUUCCUCGCUGUUUUCUUGUUUUCUCCCCCCUAAUUCCUUUAUUUUAAUUUUUACGUUCUUGCACCCAUUCCGUCCUUGCCGUGCAGCCGAGCAUCAGCCCAGCCGGGCGCUGCGGCGCUUUGGGGCCUACGCGUAAUGAUUAAUUUCAACUUCUCCCAACUUUCCUCUCCCGGUGUUUGUGCAGGAUGAGAAAAGAUGAGUCCGUGGGCAAAUGUCAGAGGGAACUUGCAGGUUUUUUCCUCUCUCUUCCGCUUUGCCUGGGGUGCUCAUGAGAGCCAGAGCCAGGGGAGGCUGCUGAGGUUCCUCCUGCAUCGCAAGGAAACGCUCGAGCAUGGAUCAUAUUGUCUGUCUGUGCUUCUGGAGCCGUGCCUGGUUCUCAGUUGUCACUUUAGAUGGUUGAAUGACCCUGUUUUUCUCUGUAGUGGGAGUAGUACGCCUAAAGAUUCAAUUAGUGUUGUGCAAAUCAAGCAGCGAAGUUACGUAGUUUAAUUAUGUUGCAUUUAAUUAGCAGAGAAAAAAAAAAUCAAUGCUGUUUUGUAUAUUUCAUUGCGGGGAAGAGCCGGGCUGUCUCCUUUGGGGGAGGAACACAGGGCAUGAGCCCGAGCAGGGCAGUGAGGAGCAUCCAGGCUUCCCAGGACAGCAGGAUGCGGGAAGGAUCCGGGAUUCCGAGGAGCGAGCUCGGUGCCCUGUGCUCAUCCCAGCCCGGGGUUCUCCCGGGGCGCUGCGGGUUCUGCGGCGGCCCCGGGGGAUGAGCCCUGGCAGGCUCCGUGCAGCUCUCGGCGAGCUUCCAGCUCUUCGCGCUCGGUUACUGUCUAACAAGUGUGCGCAGCAUCGGGGGACAAAUGUUACUCCAGGAAUAUCGCGGGUUGAUCCCGUGCACAUUGCCUUUCAGCUUUGCUCCUGCUGAGCUUUUCCGUGCUCGUCCCGUACUCCAGCGAGCAAGGAAGGUGUUAGCAGAGUACACAGACCUCGGGCCAGCUCUGGAAUAAUUGCCACUUGUUUAUGCUGGAGAUUCUGAGCGUUCCCAUCUCUCCUCGUUCACGAUGAAGUUGAAGGGCAAGUUUCAUUCACCAAAAAUAAAGAGGACACCCUCAAAGAAAGGAAAGCAAGCUGACCUGACAGUGAAAACACCAGAGAAGUCAGUGAACAAAAAUGUAUCAUGGCUAGAGGAAAAGGAGAAGGAGGUUGUCAGUGCACUGCGCUACUUUAAGACGAUUGUGGACAAAAUGGCAAUUGAUAACAAAGUAUUAGAGAUGCUGCCAGGCUCAGCAAGUAAAGUGCUGGAAGCCAUCCUGCCCUUGGUGCAAACUGACCCACGCAUCCAGCAAAGUUCUGCCAUCUCAUCGUGCUACAGCCGAGUGUACCAGAGCCUGGCCAACCUCAUCCGCUGGUCUGACCAGGUGAUGCUGGAGGGGGUGAAUUCCGAGGACAAGGAGAUGGUGACAACAGUCAAGGAUGUCAUCAAAGCUGUUCUGGAUGGAGUCAAGGAGCUGGUCAGACUCACCAUUGAAAAGCAGGAGCAUCCCUCUCCCACAAGCCCAGUUAAACCCAGUUUACCAGCAUGUAAAUCUGACAGCCCAUCAGAACUUCCCCUCACCGACCGAGAAAUGGAAAUCCUCAACAAAACAACUAAUAUGACUCAAUCCAAUGAGCUGCUGACUGACUCCAUGGAUGAAGAAGUUGCACCUCCUAAACCCCCUCUGCCCAGCAUUCGUGUGGCAGAGAACAGCCCUCCACCAGCAUUGCCCCCUAAAAAACGUCAGUCUGCACCUUCCCCAACCAGAGUGGCUGUUGUGGCCCCCAUGAGCCGAGCUACCAGUGGGUCCAGUUUACCUGUUGGGAUCAACAGACAGGAUUUUGAUGUUGACUGCUAUGCCCAGAGGAGGUUGUCAGGUGGAAGCCACUCCUAUGGGGGGGAGUCUCCUCGCCUCUCUCCGUGCAGCAGCAUCGGCAAACUGAGCAAGUCUGAUGAGCAGCUCUCCUCUCUGGACCGCGACAGCGGCCAGUGCUCCCGCAACACAAGCUGUGAAACCCUGGAUCAAUCGGAUCACUACGAUCCAGACUAUGAGUUCCUGCAGCAGGACCUCUCCAACGCUGAUCAGAUACCUCAGCAGGGGUCGACUGUGCUCAGCCCAUUGCCAGAGUCCCUGGGUGAGUCUGGCUCCCCUUUCCAUGGACACACUUUCCAGCUCCCGCAGGGCAGCUCUCCUCCCCUGGAAUUCUGCAGCCUCUCGGGAGCAGCGCAGCCAACAGAGACUCCCCCAGCGUUACCAGAGAAGAAGAGGAGGAGUGCAGCCUCCCAGACCUCGGAUAACUCGGGCUGCAGGGUGUCCUACGAGAGGCACCCCUCCCAGUACGACAACAUCUCCGAGGACGACCUGCAGAGCGCCGUGGUUGUCCCGUCAAUGCCCUUCACGCCCUUUGCUGCUGUUCUGCCUUUCCAGCAGGGAAACUCCUCAGCACCCGUGGAAUUCAUUGCUGAUUUUGCUGCUCCAGAUUCAAACAGUGACCCAGAAAAGCCGCCGCCUCUGCCAGAGAAGAAAAACAAACACAUGAUGGCCUACAUGCAGUUUGUGGAGGACUACUCAGAGCCACAGCCGUCCAUGUUCUACCAGACCCCUCAGAACGAGCACAUCUACCAGAAGAAGAAGAACAAGUACCUCAUGGAAGUCUACGGCACCAACGACUCCUUUAUCAGCUCAGAAACCUCUCAAGAUCUGGCACCUCCUCCUGCUCUCCCACCCAAGCAGAGGCAGCUGAGUGAAAACGCCAGUGAGGAGGCUGGUGAGGGUGAAUAUGUCAAUCUGUAUUCCUCUGGCCAGAGCAACGGGGAACUCCCUCGCUCUGAAGGAGAAUCUCCCCCUGUCAAAGACUCCAAAGACUCCUCUUUGAACAGCAGUGCCAUGGGGAAGGAGGGCAAAGAUGGUGCUGAAAGGCAGCCACAGUCACCAGAUACUUUGGAGUCAUCACAGCUGGAGGAAGAAGUAGAUGAGCUGUCCCUUAUUGACCACAGUGAAAUCAUGUCUAGGUUAACACUGAAGCAAGAGGGGGAUGAUGGGCCCGAUGUCCGUGGUGGAUCUGGAGACAUUCUGCUGGUGCACGCCACGGAGACCGACAGGAAAGAUCUGGUGCUGUACUGUGAAGCCUUUCUGACUACAUACAGGACAUUUAUUACCCCUGAAGAGCUCAUCAAGAAGCUGCAGUACAGAUAUGAGAAGUUCUGCCACUUCCCAGACACGUUCAAGAAGCGAGUCAGUAAGAACACCUUCUUCGUGCUGGUGCGAGUGGUGGAUGAGCUGUGCUUGGUGGAAUUGACAGAGGAGAUCCUGAAGCUGCUGAUGGACCUGGUGUUCCGGCUGGUGUGCAGCGGGGAGCUGAGCCUGGCCAGGGUGCUGCGCAAGAACAUCCUGGACAAAGUGGAUCAGAAGAAAAUGCUCAGCUACGCCAACUCCAUCAAACCUCUCGCGGCCAGAGGGGUGGCAGCCAGGCCAGGGACACUACAUGAUUUCCACAGUCAUGAAAUAGCUGAGCAGCUGACCCUGCUGGAUGCUGAACUCUUCUAUAAAAUCGAGAUCCCAGAAGUUCUGCUUUGGGCAAAAGAACAAAAUGAAGAGAAGAGUCCCAACCUGACACAGUUCACAGAGCACUUUAAUAACAUGUCCUACUGGGUCCGUUCAAUAAUUAUGCUACAAGAGAAAGCCCAGGACCGAGAGAGGCUGCUCCUUAAAUUUAUAAAGAUUAUGAAGCACUUAAGAAAGCUGAAUAAUUUUAAUUCCUAUCUGGCCAUUCUUUCUGCACUGGACUCUGCACCCAUCCGAAGGCUGGAGUGGCAGAAGCAAACCUCAGAGGGCCUGGCUGAGUACUGCACCCUGAUCGACAGCUCCUCGUCCUUCCGCGCCUACCGAGCAGCCCUGGCCGACGUGGAGCCCCCCUGCAUCCCCUACCUAGGCCUGAUUCUGCAGGACCUGACCUUUGUCCACCUGGGAAACCCUGAUUACAUCGACAGCAAAGUGAACUUUUCCAAGCGCUGGCAGCAGUUUAACAUCCUGGACAGCAUGAGGUGCUUCCAGCAAGUACAUUACGACAUCAAAAGGAACGACGACAUCGUGUCAUUCUUCAACGACUUCAGCGACCACCUGGCUGAGGAGGCCCUGUGGGAGCUGUCCCUGAAAAUCAAACCUCGGAACAUCCAGAGGCGGAAAACAGAUCGGGAGGAGAAAACCUAGGAGGAGGGGUGGUGCGAGGAGAACCGCUCCGCAGAGGCGCCGAGGGCAGCUACGAGACUGGAGUUCAAUGUUUGUACCUGUCACUGGAUGACACACCCUCCCUCCCAGCUGGCAGCCACCCCUGGGGGUGGCAGUGCCGCGCGCGGAGGCGCCGGCGCGGCCGCCGAGGGCAGAGAUCGGCCGGUGCUCGCUGCACUCGCCCUCCUCCUCCCGUCCCUCCGUGCCAUGAACCAGCUUUAACCCCGGGGACAGAGCUGUGUGGAAGGAGCGUCCCACGCCGGCGUGCCGCUGCUUUGCUGGCCCCUUGCACCCGGGUGUGCCCUGGCUCUGGUUCCCACCCGCAGCGCAGGGGCAGCAGGAGCUCAGCACCCACGGACUCACCUCAGAGCGGCGUGGGGCAGCAGCAGCCGUGGAAGCCAAGGGUUGGAGUCUCCCCUGCAAUGCCACCUUCCCAACGUGUCCGUGAGGAUGGGAGCGUGUCCCGCUGCCUGCCAGAGGAGCUCUGCUCCCAGAGAGCUGCUUGUGUUUACAGGGGUCUCGGCUCACCCCAGAUCUCCGGCGCCUCCUUCACGGGAGGAAGGCACCGGCCGUAGAUACGGAAGAGGCACUGAAAAUGUGGGCAGGGCCCCACCAUCUCCAGUCAUCACACCCCCUCCUCCUCUCAGAUCUCGUUAUUUAAGCAAGGGUAAAUCCCUCUGAACCUGGAAACGUGGACUGCCCAGGUACUGGGGGUCGCUGUCUGUGACCCCAUGUCUCUUAGCGAUGGUACUUAGCUUUUGCACAGGAAAUGCUGUAGGAUACAGACUGUACAUACCUAGUGUUAGAACCCCCGGGGAAUUUUUGAUGCAUGUCUGAAUACCGAUGAGUUUAUAGGGAAAAGAAAAGAAGAAAAGUGCAAACCAGUCUGUAUGAAAUCCACAACCAGUGACAAUGUCGUUUAAGUGCUGGAUAAAGGAGUCUCGGGGCGGCCGGGUGGGCACUGGCUGCAGAGCAGGGGCAGGAGCCUCGUGCAGGAGCCAGUGGAUCCAUUUCUGGAUUGGAAGUGGAACCAGGAAGGAGCCCUGUGCCCGGCUGAGCCACCCUGUCCUCCCACCCACUCCUCUCUCCUCUCUCUGUUGCCAAAUGUUUUUCUCCAGGGGUCCCAUUUGGGACCCUCAGUGCUGUGCUUUGGGAGCUGCACUUUGGCAGGGCCCCCGGCAGGUCCCUGUCCCCAGUCCUGCUGUGCUGGUGCCAGCAGGGCAGGGACAGCCCAGCAUGGAAGGCCAAGGCAGGGGUGUCAUUUCUCACUCACACAGUGUUAACCCAAUCUGUUCAGUGUGCCUUAUUCAGCCCCUCUGUUCCCCCUCUGUGUCCCAGCCAGCACAGCCCCAGCCAGGCCAUUUCACACCCUCCUCUCUGUGCUGCUCCAGUGGUUUGCAGUUGGAUCCUGGGUGUGAGUGUGCCCUGCAGGUUUCAGCAGCUUUGCAAGACCCUCCUCAACUCCCUGUGGUCACAGGUUUUUACAAGGUUCUGAGAAAAUCCUGCAGGUUUAGGGCAGCAGCUCCCAAGGAAUACAGAUGUGGAGUUUGACAGAGCAUCCUUAACUUAUUUCUCAAUAGCAGCUCUGUGCCUGCUAAAGCCCCUGUUUGUUCUGGGUGAAUCAGCUGCACUCCUUUCCUUCUCCAAACAGAUUGCAAAGCCUUGGCCAGCUCUGCCUCUCAGGAGGGAGUGACAGCCCGGGGUUUUACCCAGCUUGGUUAUUUUCCUGAGGACUCAGGCACAAGAUUCACACAGUGGCCAAGCACAGAGAGACCCCCUGCCCACGAGGGCAUCUUCUGGGGAAGGGGAGUUCUGUGCAGCAGUUCUGUGCAGCCCCAGAGCAGAGGAGCCAGGAAUCUUCCAUGCUGAACCAGUGUCCAAGCCAGAACACUUCAAAAGUGGUUUAUUUUUAUGGCACUGAGGGCAUUGGAGCUGUGUGUUCUGUCCAGCCAAGGCUUUGCAAUCCCCAAAGGCUUCCCAGGAAGCCUUUUCCAUGUUUCUUUUGUAAAUAAGAUCUUUUAAAAGCCCAGCGUGGCGAGGUGGUGAAGAGGGCGAUGAAAACAGCCAGGAUGUGGCGUGGGCUUCACCCUGGUGGCUCUGAGCAGCCCUGGGGUGCCGUGGCUGUCCCAGGAGGGCUGUGUGUGCUGGUAGCCCUGGAAUCACAGCCCUGGGGUGCCGUGGCUGUCCCAGGAGGGCUGUGUGUGCUGGUAGCUCUGGAAUCACAGCCCUGGGGUGCCGUGGCUGUCCCAGGAGGGCUGUGUGUGCUGGUAGCUCUGGAAUCACAGCCCUGGGGUUCAGAGGGACAGGAGGGGCAGCUCCAUCCAGCUGAGUGACCGUGGUACGUGAGGGGUGAGCUCGUGGGUUGGGCACACAGGACACCCCAAAAACUGCAGUGAUGGGGUUCCACAGGGCUCCAGCCUUGGCCCUGUGCUCUUCAACAUCUUCGUUAACAACCUGGACACCGGAGUGGAAGGGAUACUAAGGAACUUUGCUGAGAACACUAAAUUUGGGCAGCACGAUAUAAAAAAGAUAUCAAGCUAUCCAAAGGAGGCCAUAAGGAUGGGGAAGGGUCUGGAGGGGCCUUGUGAGGAGUGGCUGAGGGCACUUGGUUUGUUCAGCCUGGAGGGGACUGAGGGGACACAUUGUGCUCUUCAGCAGCCUCACCAGGGGCAGGUGCAGAUCUCUUCACUUGUGGCCAGGACAGGACCCAAGGAACGGCUGGAGCUGCGUCAGGGGAGGUUUAGGUUGGAAAUCAGGGGAAAGUUCUUCCCCCAGAGGGUGGUGGGGCACUGUCAGCAGGCUCCCCAGGGCAGCACCAAGCCUGUCUGAGAUCCAGAAGCGUUUGGACAUCGCUCACAUGGUGGCAUUUUUGGGUUGUGCUGUGCAGGGCCAGGAGUUGGGCUCAGUGACCCUGAUGGGUCCCUUUCAAGUCAGCACCUUCUGUGAUUCUGUCAUCCCCACCAGCAGGAGCCGUGCCCAGGUUUUCUGCUGCCCUUGAAUCCAGUUAGCACCAAAGGAGGUCCUGCCCUCUGCCCAGCCCGCAGAGCCACAGGCUCAGCCCAUGGUGUGAGGAUGGGAGGUCUGAGUGGCCACAGCACCUCCUCCAGUGGGAUGAGGCCCCCCAAAUUUCCUCCCCUUCACCACUUCCUCUGCUGUCAUCCCCAGCUGAGCAGUGUCCCAGCCACAGCUCCUGGCUCAUGUCCCACCCUCAGGCCAGGCUCACAGGGCUGGAGGGACCCUAGAGGAAGGUCCCCUUGCCUGGAGCAGCUUCAGGUUUGCUGACCAGAGAUCCCCUCCUCUCCAGGAGCACUCCCUGGGGAGCAGGAACCCAGAACAUCCUUGUGCAAGCCUGGCCAUGAGUGUGUUCCCAUCUUGUAGGCAGCAUCCUCAAGGCCAUCACCUCUUUUUGGGGAGAGGGAAGAGUCUGAGUCCCCUCUCCACACGGGGCAGGGAGUGGGGAGAAGCGAUGCCCCCAUCACCAGCCCCCUGCCCCGCUCCCAGGCCUCUCUCUCCCCAAGCAGUUCCGUUGUAUUAUAGAUUUACCACUGACCCCCAUGGUGGCAUCUUCCUGCAAACAUUUCAGACCUGUACCUUUUAUAUUAAAGAGAAAUAAAACACCAAUAACGCACCUGCCUGAUGAUCCUGUUUACAGUGCAUGCACAGUCUGUGGAUUAAAGUGACAAUCGAAUCCUCCUCUGGCGCUGGUGUGGCCU